GUUUCAGAUUUGAAGUUCUCUAAAGUUUUUAUAUAACAAUGAGCACGGUGUCAGUGUUUUUCUUGAUGCUCUUCGCAGUAUAUGUUCCAAUCAUCUCAUCUGAUCACUAUGCUGUCAAAGAUACAAACACAUAUUGCAUCAUUCUGGAUUCAAAUAUUACUGCUGUCCUUCAUUACACGAAGUCUGACAAUAGCACGGAGCAAUUAAGAUUCAACAUCAGUGGGUACGAAGAUGGUUCCUGCAGUGGAACACAAUACAUUAACAUAAGUUUCGAAAGUUAUAUUGGUCUGAAGAAAUCAGCUUUAACAAUUUAUUUCAAGCAGAAAGAUGAUUUGUUCCAGAUCAGUAAUUUUACAUUGGCAGCAUACUUCGAACAAAAAGUGAACGCGACAGAGUCACGCCACAUGUACGUGAUGGAUGAGCAUGCAGAGCUUGACGUGAGCACCAGCAGCAAUGAAGCAUACAAAUGUUCUGAAGCAGUUCUUAACUUCAAAGGGGGCUCCACAGUAACUUUUCAUAAUAUACGGCUCAUUGCAUACGCUCGUCUCAAUACUACUGAUUUUCCCGAAAACCAAGAAUACGACAUUUGCCAACUGGAUGUUCGUACCUCCGAUUUAGUGCCUAUCGUUGUUGGAGUAUGCCUUGCGGCAUUGGUGAUCAUUGUUUUAAUUGCAUAUUUGGUUGGCCGAGCUCGAGCGAAGCGUCAAGGUUACGCAUCAGUGUGAAUUUAAAACGUUUCAUCUUUAUUCGUGUGUGUUAUUUGUAGCGAGUUCUUUGUAUUGGAAAUUUAUUUAAGCAUUAGCCUUCAGUUUAUUUGUAUAAAACUUAACAUUCCAUUCUCUGGAAUUGUGUUUGCAAAUUUCUCUCUUAUACGAAUGUAUUUUUUUUCUGAUUAUGCGAUGCUUUUCUUUCCUUUUUCUUCCUUGCAAUACUAGAAAGUAUAUUUCAAUUUUGACACGUGAGUUUUGCUAAGCUGUCGUUUUUUGACUAUUGUACUGUUGCCUUAUUAAUGAAGGAUUGAGAUUUCAAUUAAAUUCAAAUUAUAUUGCUAAGCCAUACAUUCUGAUACAUCUUUGCACAUUGUAUACAUGGUCAUAUCAAAGGCUGCCUGCCUUUCUGCCUUUAUCACUUUAGUAAUAAUUCAUGCCAUUUUGGUACCCGAAACAAGCCAAAAUCGGGAUAAUUGUGAUGGAAUUAUUACGGAGUAUAUCUUUGUUUUCAUUGUUAAUUUUUUACAGAGGCA